AUGCUGGCUAAAUCAGUAUUAGUUUUCUGCGCGCAGGCUUUACUUAUCCAGUGCAUCACCGCCUACGUUUACGAGCCCUGUAUGGAACUGCCCUACGAGGCCUACGCUUAUCCCGCCUCUGGCUACAGCCCAGCUUCAUUAGCAGCAUCUAACUGUGGUAGUUUUUUCGUCAGUAGUUCUUCUCCCAUCGCCCCCAGUGGUGUCACCAUGAUCUCAGAGAAUGCCAUCGAAGGACCUCUAGCAGUUGGAGGACAAAUUCCCUUCUUGGCGGCCGUUGCUGUCGAAGGUAGUUUGCCAACAGCUGGCGCUGGUGGUGUUGCGUAUGGCGGUGGAAAUGGAAAUGUCGCUAUUCUAGCCGAAGAUAUAGCUGGCUAUGGAAGACCCAGAGCCGCCUAUGCUCCGUACUACUGA